UUGUUGUAGUUUCGUUGUCUAUUUAAUUUUAAAAAUAUAUAUGAUGGCAUUAAUUGAAAUUGCGAAAAAUUUCGGACACGAUAAUUAUACAGAAAUGGACGAAUUUUACUUCCAGUCUUUUGUUGCAGUGAAAAAUAUAGGAAUGUUGCUGCCCUCAAGAAUUUCAAUUUUGGCUUAUAUCACUGUGCUUUUCAUUGUUGUGAUUAUGUUUAACAUGAUCCGUUUCAUUUCAGUCUGUAGAAAGGAUUUCGGUACAGAUGCAUAUGAAAAAGAUACCUCAUCGACUUGGACUUUUGUUACCGAUCAGAUAAUUGAAGAUAAUCAAAAGGCACUCGAAGAAUUACAUCAAGCAACUAACAAAUGCUACAAUACGCGUGAAGCCUUGAAGUGUGUUGAACUAUCAAUAUAUUGUCCACACCUGAUAAACAUGUGUCUUCCAAAUUCAAAAGGUGUAACACCAUUUCAUCGAGUCUGUUAUCGAGGAAAUUAUUUCUUGAUUGACUUCAUGAUAGAUAAAGGAGCUAAUUUGAGUCAAAAGACUGAUUCUGGGGAAAAUGCUUUCCACAUGGUAAUUGAUUACUACAUUAGGAAUUCGACUCAAAGAAAUUUCAAUUGCCUUGAGCUUCUGUACAAAAAAGGGUGUUUCUUGAAGAAGAAUAGUGAAUGGUACAAUAAAUUUGUAUCGGUUGCGAAAAAAGCGAAGAGAGAAGAUCUUGUACAGUGGUUAGCAUCGCACUCGACUCCAGAGAAAAAAAGUCAGAAUGAUGAAAAUGCCUAGAAAAGUUUAAGAAAUUUGUCAGCAAUCUAUAUGAAAUUUAUUUAUUACUUCAUAAGUUUCCAUAAUUUAAGUAAUAUUCUUCAACA